AUGCUCUCUCUCAUCGAGUCCACGCUCAGCUCGAUCCAGAACCUCAUCAUCGGAAUGGUGACCAUGAUGAACAACCCUUGGCAACCAGCAGAUAUCUGGUUCCCAGUGGUGUGGCUGCUGACGCACAAAGCCAUACUGAAAAGCAUCCACAAAGUCUGGCGCGUUUUGAAGUGCAACAUCAUCCGGUCGUGCGAACCAUACAUGGACGACUCUUUCAAGGACUCGUUUCUCGGCUCUCUUUGUCAGCCGAUGACGUCGCUCGGUUGGGUCUUCAUCCUGCUGUAUCUGUACGACAACAUAGUUCUCACAAUGCGCGGCAUGGGCAUGGCGAUUCCGCUUGACUCGACCAUCAUCAAUGGCUUCGACGGGGCGGUGUAUUCUGCUUGGUUGGCGACAACCGUGCUGCAGCUCAAAGACAGAUGGUUUGCCAGCAUCCAGUACAGUGCAGGCAUCACGCAUGGUGAGCGGGGGCUGGGGUUUCUGACGAAUGAUGCAGCAACGCCAGCGCAGCCUGUUUAUCGCGAGCACUUGCUGUGGUGA